AUGGGCAAUGUUCCGCUAGAGUUUUCAUCAGAGAUUACUGUGCUUGGUGUUGUCCUGGACAGUGAACUUACACUCAGAGCUCAUUGCACUGCGGUUUCCAGGAAGUGCUUUGGCACAUUAUCGCGUCUUCGAAGAUGCAGAGAUUGUUUGCCGGUGGAUACUCGGCUACUGCUUGUCAAGCUGCUAGUUUUUUCUCAUCUGGAGUACUGCGCGUCUCUUUUCUUGGGCAUCUCUGGUGAAAUGAGACGCAAGCUUGAACGAUGCAAAAACGCUGUACUGCGCUUUGUAGAUGGUACGCCCAAGUGGCAUCACAUCACGCCUGUGUACAAAAAGUACUCGAUUCUGAGUCUAGAAGGUAGAAUUAAAUAUGUCACCAUUUGUCUACUUGUCUCGGUCAUGCGCUAG